CUAAUGCAUCCCCUCCAAUGUCAGUCAACAAAGAACCGGCGACUUAAACUUCUUGUUUAUUUAUAACCAGAGUACAGAAACCUUAUUAAAAAUUCAACGCAACUUUCCAUAGGACUUGUUUGAUAAGCCUGUAACCUGUUAUCUGAACGGGCCACUAUCAAGUUCAUUUUGUAGUUAGGUAUGUUUUGGGAUGAGCAAUUCAUGCUUCAAAUUACUGCGUUUUAACAAUAUUUGUUAAUUUCAAACAUAUUUUCUACAAUUAAUGCGAUAUGCCUCCUGUUAACAAUGGAUAUUGGGGUGAACCUACUGCCACUAUUGAUUGGUGUGAAGAAAAUUAUGUUUACAGUUAUUACAUAGCAGAAAUGACCAAUACUAUUACUAAUCUAAUAAUGAUUAUACUUCCUCUCUGGGGCAUUAUGGAAGUAAUCAAGCAGGAAUUAGAUUGGAGGUUUAUUUAUUUACAUUCAUCCAUAUUAAUUGUAGGUCUGGGCUCAUGGGCUUUUCAUAUGACUUUAUUGUAUGGGAUGCAACUAUUUGAUGAACUCCCUAUGAUUUGGGGAACCUGUUUUUUAAUUUAUUACUUGUCAGAAGUACAGAAAUCCUCUUUCAGUAAAAAGAUGUUUUCAAAUCAACCAUUAUUUAUCUUCCUUUCUCUGUUUGCUGUAAUUUUCACUGCUAUAUAUCUGCUUUGGCCUCAACCACUUUUUCAGCAUAUCUCUUACGGAGUUCUUGUGUUCACGACUGUUGGAAUGGAUUUACGAUUACUUAAAAUCAAUGAAUGUAAAACUUGCAAAAAAAUAUUUCUAAUUUCUGCUGCAAUCUAUUUAUUUGGAUUUAUACUUUGGAAUUUAGAUAAAAUUUUCUGUCAGAAUUUAAGAUUAUUAAGAUUAAAUAUUCCAGGAGCAUUUGAUCCAUUUACUCAGCUACAUGGUUGGUGGCAUUUAAUGUCUGGAUAUGCUUCUUAUUCACAAGUUUUAUUUAUAAUCCAUGCCUCUUAUGAUUUUAAAAAUGAAAAACAAACACGCCAGAACAUGGAACUGCAAACUUGGCGAUAUGGAUUUUCUUUAGGCUGGUUCAAGAAAAGCCAUGACCUUUGAUAUGUCCAGUUUUGGUUUAUCAUCAGAAAAUUCCAUUCCUAUGUUUUAUGAAGCAGUUUUUAAUUUAGGAAAAUUGAAACUGUUUCAGUUUGAUAUGAAAUCUAAUGUAAUUCCAUUCUUCUAUUCCUA